CACAAAACAAAAUAUCCCUUUUACAAGGAACAGGCUACAGGACAUUGUUUACAAAGUCCUCAUUAAGGAAGUGGUGAGAUAAGACACACACACACACACACACACACACUCACACGCACACAGGGACACACAAACACAGGGACACAAACACUGAGAAAUGCAGAGCUUACCAUAUCAUAGAUAACAGACAGAAAGAAAGAGAGCUAGAGAGAGAGAGAGAGAGAGAGAGAAGAGAGAGAACAGAGGGAGAAACUGAGAGAAAAAACACAAGGGAUGCCUCCUUUGGACACAGCAAAGCCACCCUCUAGCUGGGACUCCAACUCUUUAGAAAACAACAUCAAAAGGUGUGAAUUAGGAUAAAUGGCAUGAGAUCUGGCAUGAGAGUCAUUUAUCAGGGUUCCACACACAGCAAGAGGAACACACGGGGAGAGCUACAGAACACAGACCUCCUCACUGGUCAACUCCAAGGGUCAACCGAACCUUUUGAGUCACCAGAGAACCGACAACCACCCGGAUCAGCAAGAGAAAAACACGGUUGUUGUUUCUCACCCUUCAUCAAGCUGAAUCCAACCUCCAGUGGACCAUUGGAUUAACACAUUUGUUAGAUAUAAUUCUGUUUAAUCUCAACAUUGGAUAGUCCCUGUGGAUAUACCAUACAACACAAGAACAGUAGCACUCCUCUCCAUGGCGGACAAUGGGCUCUCCAGGCUAGAGGCCACCUCUAUCACCAGGACCCCCUUCCCCCUGCUCCCCUUGCUGCUCCUGAUGUGGCCCCUGUCUGGGCAGGGCAGCCCCAUCUCCCUGGCCCCAGAGAGACAUCGCCCUGCUCCAGGUCUGGGAGAUGGCCACGGGGGCGUCAUAGACCCAUCUCUGUUGGAGCAGGACAGGGACGUGGACAUGCAGAGCCUGCUGGAGAGCCUCCGGACCUUCAAUUUGUCUGGCCUGGGCCCUCCCGCCCAGGCACCUGGCAGUGUCCGUGUGGAGCCGCCCGAGUACAUGAUGGAGCUGUACAACCGCUUCGCCAACGACCACACCGCCAUGCCCACCGCCAACAUCAUCCGCAGCUUCAAGAACGAAGACUCGUCUCCCUGCAGUUUGGGUAGUAGAGGGGUGAGACAACACCCUCUGCUCUUCAACGUAUCCAUACCCCACAAUGAGCGUAUCACCGCCGCAGAGCUGCGUCUCUAUACUUUGGUCCAGACCGAUCGCAACCUCUACGCUGGGGUCGACCGCAAGGUGACCAUCUACGAGCUGGAGCAGCAGGACGGAACAGGAGAGGACAACAGAACAGCGAAGGACACCGAGAGAGGAGGAGCAGGAGGAAGAGGUGGAGGACGGGAGGAGUUAGUAGAGCUGGCAUCACGGCAGGUCUAUGGUACUGAUAACGGCUGGGAGGCCUUUGACCUAACUGCUGCCGUCCAACACUGGCGCAAGUCAGAGUACAGCACCACCCACAGGCUGGAGGUCCACAUAGCAAGCCUGACUUCCGAGGGGGAAAGAGGGCCGACACUAGCAGACGGUGAGGGAGAAGGAGAGGGGAGGAGGAUAUUCAGGGGAGACAUGGAGAUAGACACCAGCCCAGAUGACAAACACAAACCCCUGAUGAUUAUCUUCUCCGACGACCAGAGCGGUGAUCACCGCGAUGACAAGCGGGAGCUGAACGAGAUGAUUGGACACGAGACCUCGGAAGCGGUGCUUCAGGGUGACCUGGAGCUGAAUAGGCUGUGGGGGGAGCUGGGCCGGGCGGGGGGCGAGGAAGAGGAGGAAGAGGAGGAGGAGCAGGACGAAGAGGCCCUGCUCCAGAUGCGCUCCAAUCUGAUCUAUGACACGGCCUCCAGAAUCCGCCGCAACGCCAAGGUCAACCAGUGUAAGAAGCAGUCGCUGUACGUGGAGUUUAAAGACAUCGGCUGGGACAGCUGGAUCCUAGCGCCUGCCGGGUACGAGGCCUUUGAGUGCAGUGGCAUCUGUACAUACCCGCUGACCAAACACGUGACGCCCACCAAGCACGCCAUCGUCCAGACACUGGUGAGCAUGAAGAGCCCACAGAAGGUGACGCGGGCCUGCUGCGUGCCCACCAAGCUGGAUCCCAUCUCCCUGCUUUACAUGGAUGACACCGGAGUAGUCACGUACAAGUAUAAGUUUGAGGGCAUGGUGGUGGCAGAGUGUGGCUGCAGAUAGCUAGUCCACCCUGCUGUUCAUAUGGACACGGAGAGAGACAUUCGUGAAAAGAAAUGACAGGGUGAGGAUGGAACAAAGCAAAGACUUCAUUUUUUAAAGCAGGAUUGGUAUUAGAAUAGAUGGACUCUGAAAUGAAUCUAGAAUCACCGUUGAGAACAGUUGACAGAAAAACAGCUAUGACAUGUAUGUGUAUAUAAGAUGGAUCUAAACUAAACAGUUUGUACAUUGUGUAUGUAUAUUUUGUAUUUCAGGAAAAUGUAUAUUUUGUUUUGUACAGUAAAAUAUCUAUGAUACCAAUUCAUAAUUCUGUAAUAGAAUCAGUUGGAUGCCAUUUGAAGCUAAAUAACACAUUUGGAAUUUGCUAAAGAAUUUGAGGAAAAAAGUUUGGACCUUAAAAAAUAAACUAUCCUUAGGUCUCUCAAAGGGUUCCGGCAAUACAGCAACCAGCCAUACAGUGAUGUCCAAUAGGCCUAGCUGGUGGGACCACAUAGGGUUCUCCACAGUUAGCUCUCCACUGACAUCGAUCUCCUGUCUUCCUCUCCACUUAUCUUUGUUUUCCCCCUCCCUAGACGCUAACACUAAUCCACACCUCAUUUAGCAUGUCUCCCUAACAGCAACAGGCCUCCCAAGGGAAAUACAAACCUGACUGGACUGGACUUCUGGUAGGGGCCUGCCCUCAUCCUCAUCCCCACCACCUCCCCCUGGCAUUUAGGACAGUGGGCUGAGGUCAGGGCAGCAGUUAGGGUGGGCUGGGUUAUCUCCCUCGAGCCCUCACCCACCUUCCCACAUCGGCCUCAGAGUCAGUCACAUGCCGUGCGAGCCACUUUCUCCCACUCCUCCGCACCGUGCCGAUAAGGAGGUGUUGGCGGUGAGAAACAUGUGCUCCACCACUCAGGACUGGAGGUGCUGGAGGAGCGGCGGGGGGAGGAGAGGGGGGGAUGGCCUGUCAAGAUUCCAUGGGUACUAAUAGAAACAGAUUCUACAGGCUCAACUCACUGACCUACCCCCAUCAUGUGCCCCCUCCAACCUCCUCUCCCUCCCUUUGUGUCUUUACCUUCCAUACAUCCCUCUCCCCCUGGCCCUGAAAUCCUUCACGUUUAAGGAAAAGAUUUCCAUAUAUUUGGCCUGUUAUCAUGGACAGGCUGAGAAGAUGAGUGGAGAGUAUGGCACUUCAUGUCUCUCCUCCCCUCCCCUGAGAGUCCUGUGUGGAGUCCUCUCUUGUUGUUCUGUGUUCUUGUAAUACAAAUGUAACACAGUUCUCUGCUGCUUGGGUAACGUGAAAGCCUAUUUAUUGAUUAAUUUAUUGAUUUUACUAUGACAAGUAGGUGAUUAUGUAAAAUUGUACAACAUGGAUAUGCAUACAGAGGGUGAACAUACAGUACAUACCCUGACCAUAUUGUAGAAUGUCUUUAAUUUAUAAAUAUUUUAUGAAUAUUAUAUUUUGUUACCUGUUGUUGUGGUUCCUUUGUGAAUCCUUUUGUAAAAUACUGAAGAGGCGAAACUUAAACUUAGUGUGCAUAAAAGGCUUCACAAAUCAUUAUAUUUUCAUACAAUGAAUACUUUAAAAAAGGACUAUUGUACAUAUAUUAUCAUAAUAAUAUCUGUAUCGGAAACCAUAAUUCAUUUCUCUCCUGGCCCGGCAACUAUAAACAGGUUGCAAAACUGAACCUCCCUACUAGGCCUAAUUAUCUUUAGAAAAGAGCUCAGUUAGCACAUUUGGUUCCUUGUAAGUUGCGGGAAUGUAUGUUUUUGGUUUCCUGACCAGUAAAACUGAAAGAUUUUUAAACGUUCUGAGAACAGAAGUGAAAAUGUUGCCUGUUCUGGCAACUUUUAUUUUUAUGUUGCAGGGAGGUUCUGAUAAUAUUUUACUCUGGUUAUUUGAAAGUUUUCCUGGGAAAGGUUUUAUUAGCGUUCUGAGAACGGAAAUUAUAGGUUAUUCGGAGGCUUUUGAAUAAUUUCCUUAACUUUUCCUUAACUUUUCUAUUUUGGGUUAACUUUUUAGAACUCCAAGCACAGAUAGGACACAUGGAAAUGAAUUUCCUGAGGUAUUAAUCAUGCAAAAACAUGUAUUUUUUAUUGUGACACGUCAUCAGUGCGAUUCAAACCUAUAAUCUUCUGAUCUCUAUCCAUGGAAUUAUGAAGUCUGCUGCGGCACCAGGCUGGAGCUAGCAUGCCAUGUUUGAACUACUAGGAAACGUUCUAUUGAAAUACCAAGAAAAAGAAAAACGCUUUUUAUGUUAAGUUCCUUAUAUGUGCUGAGAAUGUGCUAAAGCCAAGGAAUUAUCCUGCACCAUUCUCAGAAAGUUGUGGGAAGGUUGUAUGCUAAAUAACCAUAGGACAACCAUGCUCUCACCAGGCUUUAAGAAACAUAUGGUUCUCAGAACAUUAUGUGCUAGCUGGGGGGGCUUUCUGGGCUGGGGGUAUGACUAGGAUGCAUAACUCUGAGGUUGGGACUGUUGUGUACCAUAGUAUCAGCUCACAGGCCAUAGUUUACACACGUCACACAAACACAGUGGGAAACUGACUGGAAGCCCAGCUAAUGAACACAAUGGAUGGUCUUCCUGAUGAUCUGCCUGCUGCUCGCUAUAACAAACUGCAGAUGCAGGCAGCUGCUUUGGAUGGAAAACCUGUUCUUUACCUUUUUUUGAGCGCUUAAAAAAAUGGAGAAAAAUGAACUAUAAACAUGUUUCCUUCACUUCCAAUGCUCUUCCAAAAACAUGCCUGAUAGACUUAUAUCAACAACAGCAGCAGCAGUGCCAAGGAAUGUUGACACUACACAUAGUGAAUGUAAAUAAAAAGCAUGUGC